AUGUCUGCCCCGCGGCGACGUGGCACAAUUAGCGACAAGAAAGGGAAACGCGGCGCCGGGCGGGCAAUGUCGGUGUCCGGACAGAAGAGUGAACUGCCCGCCCCUUCGGUGAUUGCUGAGGAACCCGAUGUUCCCCAGUCUCCGGUCCCCGAAGAGCCGGAAGAUCAUGUAGAACUGGUGAUCACACCUUCCGUCCAGACAGAGGAAGAGGUGGAUUUGAAACCCUGCAUCCGACAACGACUCUCCUUGUCCGACGUCACCGAAGAGAUGUGGACAAACGAACAUCUGGCCGCCAUGGACCAGUUCCUGAAGGACGUCACCCAAACCAUGAUUGUAUUUUACGUCGACGAAUUCGCCGGCUUGAAAGUGGAGCCGGUCAUGCCUCACCAGGAGCAAAAACAGCUGGCCUACUUCAUCCGCCAGGAGAACGCCGAAAUUACGGAGGAGAACUUCCACGAAGUGGUGCAGUUCGGCUCGGUGCGCCGACCGUACAUCGAUUCCCUGAUGCGAGUGCUCAACGCCGCCUAUCUGCCCCGCCUCUUCCGCAAAGGCGCCUGGCCAGAGAGCAUCAAAAACGAAUUUUUCUCCGAAAUUUAUCAUUUCAUGACCACCCUGACAGAUACCCACUUCAAGAUGAAGGGUCGCACCGUCCUUUACAUCCCAAUCGAAUCCUUCACCAUCACCCCCGAGAUGGCCCUGAAGGACAAGGCUGCGGUCCAACGCCUGGAGACUUCCAUGAUUCACUGGACGCGGCAGAUCAAGGACGUGCUCCGGGCCCAGGAGGCGGUGGAGAGCCGGGAGAGCGCCGGGCCGCUGGAGGAGAUCGCCUUUUGGAAGAACCGCUGCCACGACCUCUCGGAGAUCAGCAAGCAGCUGUGCCAGAAGGGGGUGAAGCACAUCGAGGGCAUCCUGAUGCUCUCCAAGUCCUCCUACGUGGCCCCCUUCCAGCGGCUCUCCAAGCAGAUCCAGGAUGGGUCGGAGCAGGCCCAGUCGAACCUUCGCUUCCUGUCCAUCCUGAAGGAGCCCUUCCAGGAACUGGCCACUGUACGGCCCAAAGAUAUCCCCGAGAAGCUGCCCCACCUCAUCAGCCUGGUCCGGAUCGUCUGGGUCAACUCCCCGUACUACAACAGCCGGGAACGGAUCACGGCUCUCUUCCGGAAGAUGAGCAACAAUAUCCAGAUGUGUUGCAAAGACAUUUCCUUGGACCGCCUUUUCGAAGGCUACAUCAACUCGUCCCGCCAGACGCUGCACAGCUGCAUCUCCUGCAUGUCAUCCUGGAAGGACUGCUACCAGCAGGCAUCCUACAUGCACAACAAGCUUUCUGGGAAGGGAUGGGUCCUGGACCAGACGAGCAUCUUCGCCCAGGUCGAUGCUUUCGUCCAGCGAUGCAAAGAUCUCCUGGAGGUCUGCGACAGCCAGCAGCACUUCGCCCGCUGGGAAGACGGCAAACAGACCCCACUGCCCUGUUUCUUUGGUCAACAAGGCCCUCAGAUGACCCGGAGCUUGCUGGAGAUCGAGGAGACCUUCAAUAAAUAUCUCCACCACCUCCGGAACGUGAAAGGGGGGAUUCUGGAUGUGAAGAACACGAGCUGGCAUGAAGACUUCAGCCGCUUCCGCGCAGGCGUCAAAGAUCUAGAAGUCAUGACCCAGAACUUGAUGACUUCCGCUUUCGAGACGGUGAAGGAUGUAGAACAUGGAGUGGAGAUUCAGGAUAUCUUCCAACAUUUGUCAUCCCGAGAGGCCAUCAAGCGCACCUUCGACAAGAAGACGGUGGACGUCUUCAUGCUCUUCAACCGGGAGCUCUCCCUGGUCAACAAGGAACUCAGCAAGAAGAUCCCAUUCCUGACCCCAUACAUGUGUCAUUAUUCAGGCAUGGCGCACUGGAUGCGCGCCCUCCGGCGCCGCGUGGACAGACCCAUGAAGUGCCUGACCAAGGCCCACUUCAUCCCUCACAUUGGGACCGGAGAGGAGAGCUUCCAGACCUACCAGCUCCUGGUCCAGGCCAUGGACGAGAUCGAGAGGAAGACCUUCCACGAGUGGACGCAAGGCCUGGACAAGGACAGCCUGAAGCGCCUGGACACGCCGCUCCUCAUCCUGAGUGCCGAGAAACCCGGGAUGCUGGACAUCAAUUUUGACAAGUGA